AUGACGAUUACACUUCAAGAUGUGGCGGUUAUUUCAGGUCUUCGUGUCGAUGGAGCGCCUGUCACGGGGACUACACAGCAUCCGUGGAUAGAGAUUUGUCAGGAGCUUUUAGGGGUUGUGCCGGAUGGCAUCCGAGCUGGUCAGAUUCGAUUAGAUUGGAUAUACCAGCACUUCCACCAUUUACAUUUGGAUGCCCCGGCUGGAUUAGUUGCAGCCACAGCCCGUGCAUAUAUGUUAUAUCAGAUUGGCUGUAGUCUGUUUCCAAACCCCUCCGGAUAUAGAGUUCAUCUUAAGUGGCUGCCACUUUUGGCGGAUUUUGAUGCAUGUGGUGGUUUAGCUUGGGGUGCUGCAGCAUUGGCCUACCUUUAUCGCGCAUUGGGAACGGCUUCAUUAAAGGAUAAGAUUUGGGCGUGGGACCAUCUUCAUGUCGGCCCACCUACUAGCGUUGGAGCUAUUGCCGACAUGGCUGAUUGCCCUUUGGGUUGUCGGUGGACGAGCGCCGGCGGUUUACGUUUUGGGGCAAAUGUUAGGACGACCGAUAUUGAGUUCUAUAGACAUGAGCUAGAUCAGCAGCGAGAGUCCCAGAUGCUGUUAUAG